UGCCUUUCCCCUCCGCCAUUUUCCCCCUCACAGCCACCGAGAUGCUGAGGCGCUUCUUGCCUCCGCCGGGCCAGGCCUGCCUUUGGAACCCGAGCUUCGCGCCGCUCCUGACGGUCCCCUCGCGAGGCCGCAAGUCCCGCACGGACCCUCCGGCCAAGUCCAAAGCCGGGCGGAUCAAAGUGCCGCCCCCGGUGGACCCGGCCGAGUUGUUAGUGGUCACCGAGCGCUACCGACAGUAUCGGCGGAUCGUCGGGGCCAUCAGAGCCGAGUUCAAAGAAGACUACCUGCGCCAAUUGUAUGGAGAGAGGUUUGGGCUGGUGGGGAAGCAAAGGGAGGAGGCUGCGGCUGAGGAGCAUCGGAAAUUGAUGGAGUGGAACGAUGCGGAGAACAGGCGUCUCCGGGAACGCAGAGAGGAGCGCCUGCGACAGGAAGACAUCGUAGAGCAAGAGCGCCGGUCGAGAGGAGCCCAGUACCAGGAGUCCCUGCGGGAGCAGUUCAUUAGGGAGAGGGAGCAAGAGGUGCUCCAGCUGCAGGAAGAUGCCAAGAACUUCAUCACUCUGGAAAACCUGGACCAGAGGAUCGAGGAGUGUCUGGACAAUCCCCGCAACUACAACUACGCCAUCGAUAAGGAAGGGAGGAUCGCCAAACGCAGCAUUUUGCCUUAGGAAUGUGACUUUUUUCUUCUCAAAUAACCUCUCCUUUCCAUUUAAUCAUCCUUUCCGUCCAAACACCGGACUCCCUAUUCCUUGGGGAGUGGACAAAGAAUAAUGUUUCCUCAAUAUCUCAAUAUGCUUUGAGAUAACUAAAUAAACGAUGUGUAUUUGGGGAGCUUGGCACUUCCAGAACUUUGCAGCGCCUUCUUGAAGAGGGAUUUCUGUUAUAAAUAAAUGGAUUUUGUUUAGAA